UGGUGGUCUGCGCUCUUCAGCAAAAGAUGGCUCUGUUCCGCGCGCUCGCCCAUGCCCGCGCCUCGCGCCCGCUGAUGCCGGUUGCCUUCCGCGCCUUCGCGUCGGACGCCGCCACGCCCGCGAGCUUCUCCAUCGUGCGCCACCCGCAGACCGACGCCACCUUGAGCGCGUCGGCGGCUGCCGGCGAUAUCUUUGCCGUCGUCAAAUUGGGCUGCACGCAAUACAAGGUGACACAGGGCGACGUGGUCAUUGCCGAAAAGAUCAUCGACGCCAAGGUCGGCACGAUCAUGGACCUCAACGAGGUGCUUUUGAUCGGCUCGCCCAACCAGACGAUCAUUGGCCGCCCGUUCAUCACGGGUGCCAAGGUCCAAGCCCGUGUCGAAGAGCAAACGCUCGACGAAAAGAUUGAUAUUUUCAAGAAGAAGCGCCGAAAGAACUACCGCCGGUGGAACGGGUACCGCCGCCAAGUCACGGUCUUGCGCGUCACUGAGGUCCUUCCCGGCGACCUCUAAGCGGCGCCGCUUUGUUAGAAAGGUAGAAACUGGAUCCGUCGCGGAACUACUCUUAAACAGUUCAAUGCAACCUGCAUUGCGCAAACCAUGACAGCAAG